AUGUUAGUCAAUCCAUUGCCAAUUCAAUAUUUACCAUUAGAAAAUUUCCAUUUUGAUAGAUUCUUGCAACCUAUCGAACAAAUAGAAUCAUUUUAUCAACAAAUCGAACAAUUCAAACCAAAAUUGGUAAACCAAAUCAAUAAUAAGAAUGAAAUAGUUUUCCAAGUUUAUAAUUAUUUCAAAGAUUUUACUUCAUUUGAAUUCAAAAUCUACAGAGUUAACGACAGUUUUGGUAUCUUACAAUUAUUUUCUGACAAAUAUGAUUUCAACUUGAAGAUUAAAUUGAACUUAGAUAAAGUUGACAUCAAUGAAAUCUAUUUCAAACAACAAGGGGACAUCUUAAACUUGGUUAUCCCUAAAAGAGAAAUCAACUUGCUCAACAUUUUGAUCAGAAGUGCUGAGGAAAAGCUUGAAAGACAAGAAAGAAUUGAAAAGGAAAAACAAUUCAGAAUCAGAAAAGUCAAACAAGAAAGAAAAGAAAAGUUAAGACAAUAUGAAAACGAAUUAAGAAAAGAACAAUUAAGACAAGAGAAAAUCAGAAUCGAAUUGGAAAGACAAAAAGAACAAAAGGAAAGACAAGAGAGACAAGAAAGAGAGCAAAGAGUCAGAGAACAACAACUCAGAGAACAACAAAUCAGACAACAGCAACUCAGAGAACAACAAUUUAGAGAACAACAAUUUAGAGAACAACAACUUAAAGAACAAAGACUUAGAGAACAAAAGUUCAGAGAACAACAAUUGAAAGAACAACAAAUCAGAGAACAAAAGGCUAAACAAGAAAGGGAAAGAUUACAAAAAAUCAAAGAACAAAAAGAACAAGAAGAAGUUGAAUUACAAAGACAACAAAUUGAAAAUCUUCUCAAAUCUAUGUUUGUCCCUUUCCAACAAUUUUCCAGAGUUCCUGAAAGAGUUCCUGAGAAAGUUUCUGUGAAAGUUCCAGAAAAAAGUGAAAAAGAAGUUCAUGAACAAGAAGAAUCAAAGGAACCAGCUUUCUUUGAAAGGGUACAUUCUCCAUAUUCUUAUACUUACCCAGAAAGAAGCCAUUCAAACAACUCAUCAAAUGUUUCAACUCCAGCUCCUUCUUCUCCAAUCGCUCAAGUCGUCAAUGAUAAAGAUUUAGAAGAUUUAAAGAAUUUAACUGAAUUGAAUAAUCAAGAUAUCGAUUCCGAUACUGACAUAGAGACUGAUGACGAAUUAACUAAAAUCCAUAAACAUCCUUCUUUAGAAGAAGUUGAAGAUGAAGAAUUUGUCAUGCUUAGAAAAAAAUUUAAUGAAUCCAAUUAA